UCUACCUACCCGGGAAUCAGACCCCUGAGCAUCGGACGCUGACAUCCUCCACCUACUCACCCCGGUCGCAGUCUGUUUCCCGACACGCACCCACUCUUCGGUGUUGGUGUGGUGGCUCUGUGGGCUGCAUCUCCGGAGGGAGGCUGCUGCGCUCCGGAGAGACGGACGGUCCGUUUCUGCCGGUAAAAACACGGAGAUACUAAGGCUAAAACCCGGGAGGAUGAUGAUGGACUGAGCUGAUCCGACGUCUGAGAGGUUUUUAGGGCCCGAUGGAAGCUGCGACACAUCUGGACCUGGAACGUCUGGAUCCCGGCUCCAGCUUCGGUCUGGAUUAAAGAGCCGUGCUCAUCACCGGGGGUUCGCUGUAUUUGUUUUGUUCCUUUAGUUUUUGCCCUUUCCUCACAGAUAAGCGGUCCUGAUUGAGAGUUUGAGGGAGCAGGCGGAUCCCCCUCCUCCUCCUCCCCCUGCUGGUCUGGAUUAAAGCCCAUCAGGAUCAUGAAUCAUCCCCCCUCCGUGACUGUAAUCUGGGCUUUACCGAGCUGGAUUUAAAUCUGAGAUCUGAUCUGGAUUACUCUGCUCCUGGUUCUGAUCGGGUCACAUCUGGCCCGGUCUGAACCGGUCCCGGAACUGGUGUGAUCUGUGACUCGGUCCCGGUCGUCUUGGUGCUGGUUUGGGGGAGUUCUGCUAUCAUCAUGCCGACGUCCCGGCCUGGUUCGGAGCCGGUGGAGUUCUGGGUGGACGGAUCAAGGCGGGACGGGACGGUGGAGGAAUUCUACACCCUGAGCUCGGAGCUGGGCAGAGGAGCGACUUCCAUUGUGUAUCGCUGUGAGGAGAAACAGACCCAGAAACCCUACGCCGUCAAAGUCCUCAAGAAAACGAUUGACAAGAAAAUUGUUCGCACCGAAAUCGGCGUUCUGCUGCGUCUUUCUCACCCAAACAUUAUCCAGCUGAAGGAGAUCUUUGAGACAGACACAGACAUUGCUCUGGUGCUGGAGUUGGUGACUGGAGGAGAGCUCUUUGACCGGAUUGUGGAACGUGGUUACUACAGUGAGAGAGAUGCCGCUCAUGUCAUCAAACAGAUACUGGAGGCUGUGGCGUAUUUACAUGAGAACGGUGUUGUGCAUCGUGACCUUAAACCAGAGAAUCUGCUGUACGCCGACCUGUCUCUGGAUGCUCCACUGAAGAUAGCUGACUUUGGUCUUUCAAAAAUCAUAGAUGACCAAGUGACCAUGAAGACAGUCUGCGGUACUCCAGGGUAUUGCGCUCCAGAGAUCCUGCGGGGAAAUGCCUACGGCCCUGAGGUGGACAUGUGGUCGGUGGGCGUGAUCCUCUACAUCCUACUCUGUGGGUUUGAGCCCUUCUUCGACCCAAGAGGGGAUCAGUACAUGUAUAGUCGUAUCCUCAACUGUGACUAUGAGUUUGUUUCUCCGUGGUGGGAUGAGGUCUCUCUCAAUGCUAAGGAUCUGGUCAGUAAGCUGAUUGUCCUCGACCCUCACAAGCGCCUCAGUGUCCGGGAGGCCCUGCAGCACCCCUGGGUGUUGGGUAAAGCUGCCCGGUUCUCUCAUAUGGAUACCACCCAGAGGAAACUACAGGAGUUCAACGCUCGACGCAAACUUAAGGCGGCCAUGAAAGCUGUCGUGGCCACAAGUCGGAUGCAUGAAGGUUCGCGGCGUCGCACAGACAGCUGUGACAUUCCAGGUUCAGGGGCUUCCAGGCAGAGCAGCAUGCAGCAGGACCCGCCUCCUGAGUCUGCAUGCUCCACCCAAAAAGACAAAGAGGCUCCACCUCCUGACCAGCAGUUACCACAGGAAGUUGAAUCGAAGUCUGCUGACCAAAACGCCCUCAGCCCCUCUCCUCCACGCAGCCCCAAACUACCCAGCUCUGAUGUCACACCCACAGGGCCCAUCCCCACCAGACCGCCACUGCGCGCUGAUGGGCUGCGACAAGUAUCUGUAAUCCCUAAAAGCAUGCUGGUCCAACCCCGGCUGCCGCAGAAAAGUUGCUCUGUCAUAGAGCCAACCCCUAGAGUUGGGGCCACACCCACACUGGGCUCACCCCCAAGUCCCAACAACCUCAGCAAUGGCUUCACAACUGGGGCGGAGCCUACCAGUGUAGGUGGAAUUUCCUCCAUACUUAACACAUAAACAUGAAACUGAAAUCCAUGCUGAUCUUUUCCUUUAAGUCCUGAUCUGGGACAAACUGAGACUCGAGUAUUAUGUCUUGGGCUGCUUCUCCUGCUUCUCCGGGCACAGAAAGUGGACUUUUCCUGUGAUGCUCAGGACAGAGACUGAUUGUAUUUUAUUAAACUUACACAAUGACUUAACGCUCACCUGCAUGAACAGAUGCGCUUGAUUCAUGGACAAAGAGAGAGAGCGCAGCUUUUUUCUCAGCUUUUUCUUCUUCUUCUGCAUCCCUUUUUUUUAGCAUGCACGCUCAGACUUUCAUGUUGCUGUAAAACUCUGAGUUUUUUAAUCCUUUUUACUCUUUACCGUCGACACCCGCUGACGUGGUCACGCAGCUGUAUGAGUAAAUAGAGUACCUCCAGUGUGUAGCGUUCAGGUAAGUAACUUGUGUUUGUGAUCUUCUCGUAAAACGUUGUGUUGUUUACACUUUAUCAGCAGUGACGAUGCGAUCUUAUUUGCACUGUACAUACUGUAGUUUGGUUUUAGACAAGUUAUUACUGACAUCUUUACUGCUAAGAAACAUGUUCAGUGUUUAAGCUCCCAAAUAUACCAAAUUUGACCUUUGUGGAAAAUAAACCCCUUUCAUCCGAUCUAAAACCACACAUUCUACCUCUUUUUGUACAGGGGCUUCCAAAAUGAAAUGAAAAGAUGCAGAGCGAUCUGGAAAGAAAAUGAGAUGAGACAAGAAAGAUCCAAUUUACAUUUAUACUUAAGGUUACGGUGGCCAAGACAGAACCAACAGAAACUCUGAGAAAACAGAAGCAAGCACUUUAAAGCAGCCAACAGUGUGUGCUACCUAGCAGGAAACAUUAUACUGCGUAGCUGGUUCCACAGUAGUUAAUCACUGUGAGGUUUUGGAGAUGUUAGAGUUCUUAAGAACACUAUAUUGGCUAUCGAGUGGUUUCUCAAACAUUUUGUUUAAUGUGUCAAAUGUCCACUCACGACACCACAGCUCAUUAGUCAACAAGUCCUGAAUUUAUCACGAGUCAGUGCAGGAAAUUCCUCUUAACUGACCGCACAUAUGCUCACACAGAGCAAUUAAUUUGUUUGCUUAUUCACUGAGUGAGGCUGGUCAGGAGCUACAGGCUCAUGAUGAACUGGCUGCUUCAGAUGUUGUUUAUCUGAGCAAGGCCACAAUCUCCGAAAAAUCAUGGAGAGGCUUUCCAAGAUGUACAGGCCUGGAUGCCUCAUACUUUCUUCAUUGUUUUCUGCAUCCUUUCCUGUCUCGUUGCCACCAAGCAGACUCCCAGGCCAUCGGUGCUGGCACUGCCACCAAGCAGUUUUCUUGUACUGCAUAUGAAGAAUGGACACGACGUUGGUUUUUUGAAUAGAUGAGAGGGUAGAUAGCUCAUGUAUCAGCUAACACUAGCAAGCUUGGUCAGGAAGCUGCAUCCAUUAGCGUAAGGUGAAUGAAAGGUUCAAUAUCAGGACUUUCACACGUGCGAGAGGGGUUAUGCUUUUUUUAGACCUAGCGAACUAAAAAAUAUUUUCAGUUUCCUGGAAGGUUUGGGCAAAACAACUAAAAGUACUUUACUGCUGGUUGCAAAACUGUGACAUCACAAAAAUGUGACUGUUUACUUCCAGCAGUUGCCCUACAUCAGAAACAUCAGCUAUGAUAGGACAACACCAAAAUGACCAUAUCAGACACAGAUACCUGGCAGGUUAUGCUAAUUAACACACAGGUAAAAUUCUAGAAAAACAUUAGUGUCACCUCUGUACACUCAGCGUGACAGGAUAAAAAUCUAUUGAGGUCAAAACCGUUUUUGUAUCAAGAUAUAAACAUAUAAACAUUUUUCCACCUGACCGUCAGUUUUCAGCCCCAGAGUUUAGAGCUUGGAGAAAGUCUGCAUUGUCCCAUCAGUUUUGGCACCUCGUGCUGGUGCAGUGCUGUGGGCAAUGUUUUCUUGGCUCACUGUGGACCCUAAUACCAACAAUCAUGGACUGAAUGCCAAGGAUUUCAUGAACACGAUAGCAAGUGUGAACCCACCAGAACACCUUUGGGAUGUGGUAGUACAGGAGAUUAACAGCUGUAUUCUAAUGGAAAGCGGUAAAAGUGCAGAAGCAAUGAACAUGAUCAUCACUGUUACUUUGCAAUUCAGCAUUUUCUCACUGUGCUUCUGAAAGUGAAUUAAGGAUGCUUAACUGAAAUCUGUCAGGCUGCAUCUGCAUGACAUCAUCAACGUUUGAACCUCCACACUGACAAGUUGUUUCUCAGCAGAGAGCUCAGUCCACAGUGAACCACUUCACAUAAAACCAGUCCAGUCUCUGCUUUUUCAAGCCGCUUUCACUUUGCAAACAGCAAACCUGCAUCCCAGCAUCGUGUCAGAUAUAAAUCCAGAACCUGGAAGAUAACUUAAGCUAAUAUCUCACAGCUUUGAUUCUCAGUGAGCAGUUAAUAAUGGAUUGGAUUUCAUAUAGCGCUUUACAAUGCCACUAUUCAUUCACUCUCACAUUCACACACUGGUGGAGGCAAGCUACUGUUGCCCCCCACACAGUCGCCCUGCUGAUUUGAAGAUCAAAUCUUUUAUUUUAAAACAAGCUAAUUAAGCUGCAUGUGCAACACACCAGGCUGGAUGAAUGUCAUUAUUUAUCAAAUUUGUAAAUAAUAUUAAUACGUUGAAGCAAUCCAAUGAAGCCUAUAGUGGUCAAAUUUGGUAUUUGAUUUAGCUACCUUUUGACUCUUUUGACUCAAUUCUGAGUCUAAAGAAACUCAUUUUAAAGCACUUUAAACAGAAACAUGUGAAGAGGUGCAGUAAAGUCUCACUGUCGUGUUUACAGCUGCCUAAAAGUCUUCUCGGUUUUUUCAGCUUCCUCUGCUUUGUGUUCUGUCUCAGCCACCAUACAAAAUCCUAGAUUAUGAAGAGGAGCACAUUUGUUCCUGAAGGGCUUUUCUUUUUUAAAGAGGAACCACAGCUAUAACCAACACUGCUCCCAAAAUUUAUACAAACUGAUGGAUGGAUGGACAUGCCGAUCACAAGCUUACCCUCUCAUAAAUUCAACAGUCUGUCUGUCUAAUCACUGUCCCAUAUUUUAUUUAGAAAAAAAUAUAUUUGCAUUUAUGCAUCAAAUAAUCCUCUUCAAUUUAGAUCACUCACCCGAGUUUUCACAUGGUUACAUGGGAAGUAAUUAAUCAUUAAAAAGGAAAUAUCAAACCCGGAGUUUCUGUGAUUGGUCAUUCAGACUGUCAGUCACAAAACAUAUAUUUGGGAUUUUGAAUUUCUGACUGUGAGUCAGACUUCAGUUUGUGAUUUGGUUCCUCUUUAAACCAUUCAGUUAAAGCACGAGUUUUCCGUUGGACAGAUGUGUCACAGCUGGAUGCCACGUUUACCUGAGCGCAGGUGUUUAAAGCUUCUUGCCAGACGGAACACACUGGAUAACUAGCAGUCACGGUGAACGCAUGUAACUGUAUAUUUGAUUUAUAUCUAUACGCUUAUGUAAGAACAUGAACAUUUUGCUUCUAUUUAUCUAGCCUGUUAGAGAUUUGCAGGGUGGGGUUGAAGUGGGUGGGGCUACAACUAUAAAUGGUAUUUGUUUUGUGUUUGAUGAGUAUAAUUGUACCUUUUUUUUAAAGUUUCUGACAGCUGACAUAUAAAGUAACAGUGUAACAGUCUGAGCUGUUACACGUGUAUCUUUGCAUGUAUUAUUUAACUUCCUUUGAUCACAUCAGAUUGAAGAAGCAAGCAGGGAGCUUGAAUCCUGCGGGACUCUGUAACAGCAGCUCAGCUGAUCUGAGGUCUGCUUGAAUGAACUUUUGCUGCAGGAUGUUUCAGGCAGGGUUUUGCAUCACAUGUACAGUAAAGGAUAUGAAUCACU